AUGGCUGCUACUAAGGUUUUGAUCAUGUUGGUGCUUUUGGGUGCUCUAGCUACACUUAGUAGCACCACGGAGGCUGGGAGGGACGUUGCAAUGAACAACAAGGGUGGCGUCGGCGGUGCAUUUAAAUUAGAUGAUGAAAAGACGUAUGCAUUUUUCCAUCACAAGUUUCCUGGUUAUGGAUAUCCAUAUGGUAAAGGAUUUGGUUUUGGUGGUGGGUUCGGAAGUGGAGUAGGAGUAGGCUAUGGUGACGGCGUUGGUGUAGGUACCGGAGCUGCAUCGGGGGCUGAAUCCGGAGCUGGAGCUGGGGCUGGAGCUGGAGCUGGAACGGGGGUGGUUGAAGGGCAAGGAGCUGAUGGUGGAUCGCCUUGA